UAGGGAGGCCCAGCCUCCUGCGAGCGGCUCGGAAGCUGCGGUUCCCGCAAGGUCGGUGCCCUGGCGGACGGGCUGAGGCCGAGGCGGUGGGAGCGGACAGCGGGAGGCCUCGCGGUCUGGCCAGCACCCCGGCCUAGUGAGUCCUGGGCCGCCCUUCCUUUCCGCCCGCGGCCGGAACGGAGUGUGGGGGUUCGCGGCGCGGUGCGGCGGGCUGGAGAGCAACGUUGAGCAGCGGCCGCCGAGGCGCAGGGGCAGUUCAGACUGGAAAGCAAGAAGCCUUAGGACUAGAGGGAGCCCCUGGCCUCACUGGCCUUUAUUUUGCACAAGGUUUUAAUGUGUUUUGUUCAACUACUCAGCGAUUUCGAGCAAAAAAGUUCUCUGACCUGCAUCGUGAUUGAUUUUGGCUUGAUGUGAAAAGAUUAAGGAUGUACUCCAGGCAGGCCCGGAACUUCCUAUGUUUUCAUGGAUGACCUUGAACUGCUAGUCCUCCUUCCACUGCAGUUAGCUGAAGUUGCAGAAACUAUGAGUCGAUCUCAAGUUCACAUUUUUUGGGGUGCUCCAGUUGCUCCACUGAAAAUGACAAUAACACAAGGAACAACUUCCACUGCCAAUGCCUGGGAACAAAUCCAGCUUUUGUAUAAACAGCAGUCUUUACAUCUGAAGGCUGAAAACCAGGAGCUUGAAAAUCUGAAAGACUACCAAAUCCCAGAAACUGCAGCUCUUCCAGAUGUUCUUAGUGGUCACCUUUUAACCACUCAUGUGACUAGGUCUGUGCAGAUGGAAGAUGGCUUCAUCUGUUCUGCUUCUGAAACUCAGAGUAUGAAGUCGCAGAAGGCUCACCCCUCAGGCCGGAGUGAUAUGCCUGAUGUGCAGAUAUGUGAGUUUAAGGACAGAGGUCAGCAUUUACCUGAAGAAGAAAAGUAUCAAAAGCUUCAGUGUGAUGCUAAGAAGAUUAUAGAUGAGCAGUCCAGAAACCAGUCAGAUCCCUGUGCUGAGGACUUUCAAGCAGAUGUGUUUGCUUUAGAUCAUAAGUGCACAGCUGGAUUGGAUUUGGAUUGUACUGAACAGAUUGACACAGGACUGGGCGCUGUGAGAACAAAGCCUGUGCCAACUGAACAUGAAGGGCAGGGUCAGGAGGUAUUUUCCUCUGACAUGAAGUGUGAUUCAGAGUCUGAGGGGGCAGCUGGGAAGGCCUCAGACCAGAAAAUAUCUACCGACACUGAGUUUCUCAGUAUAAUGUCCUCCAGCCAGCGUGCUUUUCUAGCUCAUAGGAAUAAUGCAGGGCAAGACUGUCUAAAUAAAGGGACAGUAAACAUGGAGAUGGAACCUACAGGAUGUCCAGAAGGAAGGCGAGCUGAAGAUAAUCUUGUUAAGCCCAGAGAAGAUUCUGAAGAAGGAUCUGAAAGUGAGCAAAGCCAGGCAUAUUCCCUGGAACUUUUUAGUCCUGUUUGUCCCGAAUCAGAAAGCAGUCACGUUCACAGAAACCCUGGAAAAAGUCUUGAAGAUAAUAGAAGCUCACAAAAUCUUUGUAGUAAUGAAGAAAACCUGCCAGCAAAGGAGGUAUGCCUUGAGUUGUGUAGCUCAGGGAUGCUGUGCUCUCAACUAAGUGCCUUCUGCCAAAGUGCUGCAACAAGAAGCCGGUCCUCUAAAGAUAUUUCCCACCUUUCUAAAGUUAUUUCCCACCAUUCCAAAGCUCUUUCAGAAGUCCAUCAAGUGUCCAAGAAGCCAAAGAUGGAUUCUAAUACAAGAGAGUCAGCCAAAACAGUGCCCUGGAGGAGCAUGUCUGAAUUUAAGGCCAUUAAAAAAAUAUCAUUAAUAAAAAAUUGUGACUCUAAAAGUCAGAAGUAUAAUUGCUUAGUCAUGGUGCUAACCCCAUGUCAUGUGAAGGAAAUAAACGUAAAAUCUGGACCACAUUCUGGCUCUAAGGUGCCAUUAGCAACAAUUGUAGUAAUCGAUCAAUCAGAAAUGAAGAGGAGAGUUGUUCUGUGGAGGACUGCAGCAUUUUGGGCACUUACAGUGUUUCCUGGGGACAUAAUUUUACUUACAGAUGUCACUGUUUAUGAGGAUCAAUGGGUUGGUGAGACAGUACUCCAAUCAACAUUUACCAGCCAGUUAGUAAAUCUUGGAAGUUAUUCACAUGUCCGACCUGAAAAAUAUUCCAAUGUAGUUACCGAUGUUAUACUUCAGGACUUACUGGCAUAUGUGUCUUCAAAACAUUCCUAUCUCAAAGAUUUGCCUCAGAGGCAGCGUCAGAAAAUGAGCACCGUGGAGUUUGUGGAAUUGGAGCAGCUGCAGCCUGAUACAUUAGUCCAUGCACUACUCAGAAUAGUGGAUGUUACUGUAUUGACAGAGGCGUUAUAUAGUUAUAGAGGACAGAAGCAAAGGAAAGUUGUGUUAACUGUGGAGCAGGUUCAAGGUCACCAUUAUGUGCUUGUAUUAUGGGGUCCUGGAGCAGCCUGGUAUACUCAGCUUCAAAGGAAAAAGGAUUGUAUUUGGGAAUUUAAGUACCUUUUUGUUCAACGCAAUUGCAUACUAGAAAACUUAGAGUUGCAUACAACGCUGUGGUCAUCCUGUGAAUGCCUGUUCGAUGAUGAUACAAGAGCAAUUUCAUUUAAAGCAAAAUUUCAAAAAAGCAUACCGUCCUUUGUCAAGACAUCAGAUUUAGCAACCCACCUAAAGGAUAAGUAUUCAGGAGUGGUUCUGAUUAAAGCCAAGGUUUCAGAGCUGGUGUUUACUGUCACAGCAGCUCAGAAGAUAGCUCUACAUGCUCGCAGUUCCCUGAAGCAUAUCUUCUCUUCUCUUCCCAACAUUACAUAUGCUGGCUGUGCACAGUGUGGCUCGGAACUGGAAACAGAUGAGAACAGGAUCUACAGACAGUGUCUGAGCUGCUUGCCAUUUGCUAGGAAGAAAACAUUCUAUAGGCCAGCUUUAAUGACCAUAGUUGAUGGAAGACAUCGUACUUGUGUCCGUGUAGGGUCAAAGAUGAUGGAGCAGAUUCUUCUCAACAUCUCUCCGGAUUGCCUCAACAGAGUGAUAGUACCUUCUUCAGAAGUUACCUACGGCUUGGUCGCCGCUGACUUGCUCCACUCCUUGUUGGCAGUCGGUGCAGAGCCUUGUGUGUUGAAGAUCCAGAGCCUUUUCGAGUUGGAUGAAAACAGCUACCCUUUGCAGCAGGAUUUCUUCCUACUAGAUUUCUGUCCUGAUUCACGUAAGACGUGGAGCUUGGGACUUUCUCUGAGGUCAGAGGAGGAUACAGACAGCAUUCCAAGGAAGGAGUGAUGAAAUAAUCUGUCUUCGGAAUAUUUAUUUUUUGUAUGUUUAUGAAUUUUGCCUGUGUCUAACUAUGUACCAUGUAUGUGCCUGGUGCUCACAGAGGCCAGGAGAGGGUGCCAGAUCCCCUGGGACCAGAGUAGAGUAGUAUAUGGUUGUGAGUGCCAUAUGGAUUCUGAGAAAGCACUCAUCACUGCUGAGCCAUCUAACCCUAUGAUCUGUGUUUUGAAAUAAAUGAAAUGACAGGGCUUUU